GGUGGAUUGCUCGUUUAGUCGUGCAUACAUUUUUCCGAGCUUAGUUACCUAUAAUGUGGAAACUCGCGCUCCUUGUACUCGCGCAGCUAAGCAGCGCAAUUAAUGCCGAAGUGCAAUUUCGGGUAAUUAAACAGUGGAAAUUUGUUAAUUAUACGUGGGGUAGUAAUGAGGCGUACAGAUCGGCUUUGGAAAGUGGAAUUUACGUGCCCCAAAACGUGGUUAUGGCGGGUAUCACCUACUACAAGGAUUAUUUUUACAUCACGAUGCCAAGGAUGAAGAGCGGCGUGCCGGCGACCCUCGGGCGGAUCUCCGCCCUACCUGGAUUUGGAACGUCGCCCUUAAUUGAACCGUUCCCUUCGUGGGAUUUCAACAAGCUCGACGACUGUGAUGCGCUCCAAAACGUUCAAAAUUUGGAAAUUGAUCCUAGCGGCACGAUGUAUAUUUUAGAUGGCGGUCAUACGCAUUCACUUAUGCAAACACCGGUGAAGAACUGCCCCGCUCAAUUAGUGAUUUAUGACCUUCGGAAAAAUACGACCGUCUCUAAGCACGUUUUUCCCGAAAGUGUAGCCAGUCGCAACGACAGCUUCCUGUACGAUUUAGUGGUGGACAAUGACUUCGUGUACAUUACAGAUAAUAGCGCGAAUGAUCCAGGAAUCGUAGUUUACUCCCUUUCUGCUGGCAGGUCCUGGAAAAUCCGCCACUCGGCCUCAAUGCGCGCCGACCCGAAGGCGCAAAACUUUAAGGUAAACAAUGACGUGGUUAACGCGCCAAUUAACAUUGCGGGAAUCGCGCUUGGUCCCAGAACUUACCACAGCGCGUCGGGUGUCACCCUAAACCACGACCGGGAGGUGUUUUACUGCCCCAUGUCAAGCCUUCACCUCUACUCAAUUAGCACUGCGAUACUGCAAAACGAAGCAAACUCAAAUAAUGGCCAAGACUAUCCAGGUUUGGUCCACGACGUUGGUCGCAAAGCAUCUCAAACCGACGGCAUGAUGAUGACCAAUAAAGGCGUACUAUAUUACGGCCUUCUGGGUGACAAUAGCAUCGCUCAGUGGAAUUCGACGAAACCUUUCAGUUCCGGGCAGAAAGUUCUAUCGCGAGAUCCCAACUACAUACAGUGGACCAAUGCUUUUACCAUCGACACCAAUGGCAGUAUUACCGUGCUUUCGAAUACUCUCCAAUCAUUUAUCCAUGGGGAUUUAGACACGCACAAGUACAACUUUUGGCUACUGUCGGCCGAAAUCGGUGAACAGAGUUACCUAUACGAGGACUCUUCGACGAUGUACAGUCCGUUGCCAAAUGAAGAAACGUCAGAACCAUCGUCUUCGUCAUCCCCAACCCCAACGACAAGCACAAGCACUACCCCUAGCAGUACCACAACUGCAACUCCAAAAUUGGAGCAAGGUGGCGGCGGCGGCGGUGCCAGUCAACAAAUAUUAGAACUCUCAGUGAUAAUAAUGGCAGUUAGUACAUGGUUCUUUUACAACAAUUAAUCCCUAUUUAUUAAGUGUUUUGUGAUAUUGUUAAUUAGUUGUAUUGUUAACGAUUAAAAACUGUUGCCAAGGCCUUCUUAUCAAGUAUCUAGUGCAGUAAACGUGUAGUAUACGCGAACAGGUAUAAUUAGGUAACUAGAAAUGUUUAAUUGUUACCCAUUACCAAAUAUUACCAUAAGUACGUUGUUUUUGUAUCAAAAUUGUACAAGCACAAAAUAUACGAAUGUUAUAAA